GAUAAAAGUCAUGGACUCAGAUAAUUGUGAGAGCUUGGAUGAUCAUAGUGAUUCUGAGGAUCAUAGUGAUUCUGAGGAUAGUGAUUCUGACGAUCAUAGUGAUUCUGAGGGAGAGAUGAACGUUGAUGUACAAGAGGAUGAGAUUGAGUAUACUUUUGGCUUCUUUGAGAAACUUUUGGGUGUGCUUUCUCUUACUGUGAGGGACAACUUGUCGCAUACUGCUGUUGACAAGCUGCUUCAUUCGACGGAAUUGUAUAAAGGUGUAAAUUUGGAAUACAAAGAGCUUGAAUCAGUAUACCAGAUGCGGAGAUACAUUGAUAGAAACAUGCUACGUCCUAAUGUUUAUUAUCUUUGUCCUUCCUCAAACUGCCUUGGGUCAUACCUGGAAGAAAGUGUUCCAAACAGUUGCACCCAAGAGGAUUGCAAUGAACUGUUGGUAAUAGAAGAGCUUAGAAAGAAGGGACAGUACUUUCUUUACACACCUUUGGCAACCCAAAUCAAACAGAUUCUUGAGAUUGUAGAAAUGGAGAAAGUUAUGAGCGACUAUCUGGAUGGAGCUGUGCUUCAAGGAAUGCAAUCUUAUCCUAACAGCCUGAGAAACAUCUUCUCAUCAAAAAGGUACCAGGAACUGAAAUUGUUGGAUGGUAGAGAGAAGUUUGACCCAAGAUACAACCUCCUUACUUUAAGUCUCAACUUAGAUGGUGUUGAAACCGCAAAAUCUGCCAGUAACUCGCUUUACCCAGUGCAGGUGAUCAUCAAUGAAAUGCCGGAGUAUGUGAGGCGUAAAUUGAUCCUCUGCCCUGAGCUGUUUUUGAAAAACAAAUCAAACGACAUCGACUUCAACCAUCUUGUUUUGAAACCGUUGGUACUGGAGUUGCGCAAAUUGAACGAGGAAGGAGUGGAGUGGUACUCCAGUUUAUUGAAGCGCAGUGUUAGGACUCGUGUGCUGGCGUUUUCAAUGAAUGCAGACUCAGUGAUGAAGCCUGAGCUUAUCUGCAUUCCAGGUCACGCUGGAAAAUACAGUUGUCCGGUAUGUACUAAACAAGGAAAGUCUACCACGAUGGGGAAAGGGAGUACAACAGUUCAAGUACCGGAAGUUGAUAGUCACGACAAUCUAGUCACUUAUCCACUACGAGCUGUGUCGAGUAUAGAGGUGGGUGAAUAUGGAUACGAGGGAUACCCCCUGCUUACUGCUGUGCCGGAGUUUCCUGUUUUCAAGUGUCAUAGCAUCGAUUAUAUGAAUUGUAUUACACUGGGGGUGUUUGCAAAGAUCUUUAGACUGAUUAUGAAAACAGUCGGAGGUGCUGGAGAAUUGCGGGUAGCCCAAGCAACUGUCAACAUCAAAGGAUACACCGGGAUAGAACAUGGUCCCCGAUGUACAUCGGACUUCGCUCACUACAAAAGUAGUGAGUGGAGAGAUUGGGGACUACUGUUCUUCCCCAAAACAUUCGAGGUGCUGAUCGACGAAAAAAUGCUGCAGAAGGAAUUCUUUGAGAACUUUAUUGAUUUAACAGUAGGGAUGUCUCUUCUGUUGAGCGAUGAUAUAACAGAGGACAACUUGGUUCAAGCAGAAAAAUUUCUUAACAGAUUUUUUAUUCAGUUCUGUCGGCUGUACGGUGAGAAGUAUUGCGGCUUCAACUUCCACCUAAUCACUCACUUGGUCGAAAAGGUGCGGUAUCUUGGACCGCUUUGGGCUACGUCCCUCUUUAUUCACGAGGGCUUUAACCAAACCCUAUUAAAGUGCUAUCGUCCAGGGACCUCAGGUCUUAAGCAAAUGGCAGAAAAAUUACAGCUGCGACUGACCGUGCUGCAACUUUUCUCCUUUGUUUCGGCCAAGAAGAAGGACAGUAUAGCUUGCAAACUUGCCGAGCGAGUAUGGUUUCCAUUGGAGCAGCCUGAAAUUGAUGUUGAGACCAGCUCAUUGUUUAAAAGUGUAACUUUGUCUGAGUGGAAUGUAUGUCAAGAAGUGAAAGUAAAGCUUACCACUCUCUACAAUGCUGAUAUCAGCGAUGAAGUAGUUAUAUACGACAGGGUUAAAUACAAGAGAGACAUUUUUACUACUGGUCGUUACUCAGGCGGUAAAAACUCUAAACAAAUUGAUCACUUCAUUUAUUGCAAGGACUCUUCCCAAUUUGGUAGAAUAGACGAUAUCAUAGUGAUAAAUGACGAAACAUUCAUAACCUAUGCUAGGCUUGUCGUUGACAACAAUUACGAUUUCAACAUUUUUCCGACAAACAUCAGGGAUAUCCCACAUAUUAAACGUUGUCGGGCGACAUCAGAAAUAAAUGUUCUGAAACUUAGUAAAACUAACUUAAUUUUAAAGAAAUGUAUUUGUCUUACCCUCAAAGACAACUCCAUAAUGCUUGGCUAUAUGCCAUUUCCGUCGGAAGCCUCUUAAUGGGACUAGCUUUUAUUUGGAGUUAAGCAAUGAUUUAGCUUCGUGCAAAUUGUGUUAUUUUGGUCCAGUGAAAUUUAAAGUGUUACAUUUAAGAACAGAGAGCAACAUUUCAGUAAGAUUUAUUUGCUACUUUCAAUCAUUGGUGAUUGGUUUUUAUCUUAUCUAAUAAUCAAAUGUUCCGGUACACUCUUUUGUACUUUUCCAUAACGAAAUUGGCGGGAAUAAUUUUGUUGGCGGGAAACAAGCGUUCUAGUUUCUUCUCUC